AUGGGCACCAAGACCAUGUUCGCAAGGACCAAGCUUGGCAGCUAUGGCAGCACCAUCCGCUCAGCGCCGCGCGAGGUUCUCUACAACCGCAGGCUUCUGCUGACCUCGUUUAUCUUUGCAUGCGCCGCAGUGCCCUUGACGUGGGACCAAGGCUCGUCCGCCGUCAUAGCCACACUGCCCAGCUUCCGGCAGCACUUUGGCAUCGACUCUGCCACCGACGCCAGCAAGAUCAAGUACUUCGUCUCCCUCAUCAGCAUCGGCGACUUUAUCGGCGCCGCCGCCUCCUUCUUCCUCAACGACCGCGCCGGCCGUCUGUGGUCCUACCGCAUGUACGUCGCCCUGUGGACGGCCGGCCAGGUUCUCCAGAUCGUCGCGCCCAACGCAGCCGCUCUGUACGCGGCGCGCGUGCUCUGCGGCUGCGGCCUCGGCGCGCUCAUGGUCGUCUCCCCGAUGGCCAUUGCCGAGCUCGCCCCCGCCGAGGCCCGCGGCGUCCUGACCUCGUGGUACACCGUCAUGAUGGGCCUGGCGCACGGCGUGUCCUCGUUUUGCGUCUACGGCGUGUACCUGGACGAGAGGCUGCAGGGCACCCGCCUGCAAUACCAGGUCGUCUGGAUCGUGCCCAUCGCAUUUAUGACAUUGUGCUUCGUGGCAAGCUUCUUGGUCUGCGAGGAGUCGCCGCGCUGGCUGUUCCUCGUGGACCGCCAGGAGGACGCUACGGACGUGCUGGUUCGCAUCCGCGGCUUGCCGCUGGAGCACCCGCGCGUGCGGCGUGAGCUGCGCGAGAUUCAAGAGGCCAUCUCUCAGGAGGGGAUGUUCUUUGCGAGCGGCAAAGGCACGGCCAGCUUGCGGAGCAUCCUUCGGGAGACGUUCACGGUGCCCGCAAAUCUCCGCCGCGUGCAGCAGAGCGUCAUCCUGUAUUUGCUUCCCCAGCUUUCCGGCGCCUCGUCCAUCUCUUACUAUCUCAUUCCUGUUUUGAACAUGAUCGGUUCCACGAAUAGCACGGAGCGCAACCUAUUUCUGAGCGGCAUGUACACCUUGUCCAAGUUCUUCUUCGCCCUCAUAGCCUCCUUCUUGUUCGUCGACGCUCUCGGUCGUCGCAAGUCACUUUUUGUCGGAAUUACGUGCCAGAUGCUAGCCGAUCUGUACGUUGCAAUAUACGUCAAGAACUCGCAGCACGGCCCCGUGGCGACGGGUGCGUCGAAAGGCGCCCUCGCUGCCAUUUUCAUCCAGGCGUUUGGUUACUCGGUUGGUGAGCGCGGCGAAUAUGUCCCAUGCUAG